AUGUAUACCUACAACCGAAGCUCCUUAAAUAGCACUGAACCGACGAAGACUCGAGCAAAGAUCAAAUCUUUGACAUAGCGAGAGACGAGGAGGGCGCGAAAAGCGGGUCCGGAGAUGGGGACGAUGGCGAACGGUUGCUUCUCCCCGGCGCUCCAAUCUCCCCUGCGAUCCAUGGAAGAGGAGGCGCUGCUCCGUCGGAAGACCGUCGGGUCUUUGAAGCCUCUCAGAAAGCGUUCCAGAAGGAACCCGAUCUACUGCACGAUCUCCGGGAGCGGAACGGUCGAAGAGAACCGCCCUGGAGGAGGACAGACCGGCCCCAAGCGCAAGGUGGAGGACUAUAAUACCGCCAUGAAGAGGAUGAUGAGGAACCCGUACGAGUACCACCAUGACCUCGGCAUGAACUAUACUAUCAUAACUGAUAGUUUAAUUGUGGGCUCCCAACCUCAGAAGCCUGAAGAUAUUGAUCAUCUGAAAGCAGAGGAGAAUGUAGCCUACAUACUGUGUUUGCAGCAGGACAAAGAUAUCGAGUAUUGGGGGAUUGAUUUCCAGUCUAUAGUCAAGAGGUGCAAGGAACUUGGUAUUCUCCACAUGAGAAGGCCGGCCAAGGACUUUGAUCCAGAUUCACUGAGAAGUCAACUGCCAAAAGCAGUGUCUUCAUUAGAGUGGGCUAUAUCAGAAGGAAAAGGAAGAGUUUAUAUCCACUGUACUGCUGGAUUGGGGAGAGCACCUGCAGUUGCAAUUGCCUAUAUGUUUUGGUUCUGUGACAUGGAUCUAAAUACAGCCUACAAUACACUUACUUCAAAAAGACCCUGUGGUCCUAAUAAGAGAGCUAUUCAAGGGGCUACCUAUGAUCUGGCAAAGAAUGAUCCAUGGAAAGAGCCUUUUGAGAGCCUACCUGAAUAUGCUUUUGGGGAUAUUGCUGAUUGGGAAAGGAAGCUGAUUAAGGACCGAGUUCGUGGAAUGCGUGGAGCUUGAAAACAGGGCCCCUUUCUUACCGAUGGUGUCUCUUGGAUCUCACAGCACAUGGAGAAACCAUCUAAAAUAGUUCUCGUUCGUGAAUUUCCGAGUGGUGCUACUCAUGAUCUUCUCUAGUUACACGUAUGUUAACAAAAUGAAGAUUCAAAAGAGUGUCCAGCCUCAAAAGAGAAGUGCCAUGAACAAAUGGUCUUCUCAAAUGAAAAGCUCAUCUAUGAAAACAACCCGAAAGAUCUCUUAAAUCAGGAGCAGGAUGUAUUCUUAAUUUAUAGUUAGUGACUAGAGCAGGUAACCGAUAAAGAUGGGAAAAUUGCAAACUGUGCCAGUUUGAGAUGAUUGUAGUAUCACUUGCAAUUGAAUUCAAUAAUUACUUGUUCUGAUCAAAUAAGUAAUGUGUCUUUGAAGGUUCUGGACUAACUGUUAUGCCUGCGAUAUAUGUAAAAACUGAUAUAAUUUAUUCUGGCAAGAUUAUUUGUUAUGGAUCACUUA